AGAGCGUACUUAUGUAAAAAGAAGUCAAACCACUAGCGCCACGUGUCAUGUGUCAUUUUCCUCUACGAAAUUUCAGUUUCCAUUAGACUGUAUCCGACAUUUCAUAAACAAAGGAUAUAAAUAAAGUUUUUAUAAAUUAUUCUCAAUCUUUUGAUAAUUAUUGCAAAAUGACGGAUGAAUCAAAUGGAGAAUCAACGUUUGAAUUCGUCGAAAAACGAGUUGAUGAUGUAUCAAUAUCUGGCGAAACAACUAAAACUGAUUCAAUGAGCAGUUUAUUGCCAUCUGUAUCGAUAAUAACGCCUUUAAGUGGAUCAUCGUCAGCAGGAAAUCUUUUGUCAAAUGUUGCUCCACCAUCUGCUUUGCCUAGUUUUAUUGCCAAUCAGUCGCCACCAUUAGAUUCACUGCCAAAAGAAACUGGACAAAAUGCUGUCAAAGUUGAAAGUACCGAAAAGCCUGAAGAAAUUUCCGGGGAUCUUGGAGUUCAAACAAAACAACCGCAAGCACAAGGUCAACAAACUCCAACUGAAUCUCAGAAACCGCUAGAAUCUGUGUGCUUAGAGGACAAUCAAUCACAAGAUAUGGGAAUCGUCGGUGCCUCAUUAUUUUCAUGGGUCAAAGAUAAUGUUGUUAAUAACAGUAUGCUCAGUAAAGUUGCUGAAAAAGCUAAAAGCAGUGUCAACUCAAUGAUAACUACUUUGGAUCCCCAGAUGCGUGAGUUUAUUUACACAUGGAUUUCAGAUUCAGGUGGUGAUGUUGAAAUUGUUGUGGCAUCUAAUAAGGAAGUCAAAGUCAGCCCUAUUCGUGAAGCUUUUCAAGAAGCAUUUGGAAAAGCGACUAUCACAGGUGUAGCGAUUGAUACAUCGGCUAUUCCUGCACAACCAGUUGGUUUUGCUGCUGGAGUUAAUGGAGCAAAACAUCGUAUUAAAUAUGCACGUAAUGCUCUUGAGAUUCCAAAAGACAUUCCAAUUAUUGCAGUGCAAAGUUUUUUGGUGGAAAUUGGUGAAGAUAAAUGGUAUGAAUUAGCGGUUAUACUUCUUGAUGACCCAAAAAAUGACGUUAAUCUGCAAAUGUUUACACAAAUGACACCUGUACCAAGUCAAUUUGUAUCAACUGCUAAAGAAUCUACACCCGAUACUUAUCCACUUAAAACAUUGGGUUUGGCUGUAUCAAUUGGAAGUUUGAUGUCUACCAAUUUACAAGUUAAUUUCAAUGAAUGGCACCAUGCGCUUUCUGGUGUAUCUCGUAGAGAUACUAUCCUUCUUGCAGCUCAAUCUUUAGCAGGCAUUUAUAAAAAUACGAUUACAACAGUGUAAUUAAUCAGCAGAAUGUCAACGAUGAUGAUGAACUAUAAAGACCGAAAUGUUUUAUAAUUAUUUGUACAUAAUUUCUAAUAAUUUUAUUAUUUGUUUAAACUUGAAAUAAAAAUUAUAACAAAACAAAACUGAUCAAGUUUAAAAAAAAUAUAUUGAAUCGACUCUAUAAGAGUAUAAAUCUGUUGAUUAAUUUUGAAUAUUGGUUAAAGUUAUUUGUACAUUAAUUGUGUAAUUAAAUUUUCAAAGUAAAUUGUAUUCAAAUGAACAGUAUUUGUGAAAAAAAUUUAUAUGGUACUAGUAUUUAAAUAUAUUUUCACGAACCAA